AGGGCAACAUUGUGCUGACAGACCACGCGUACCAGACUCUGGCGCUGCUCCGCGUUCGCAAAGACGACGCAGAUAUCCGCUAUGCCGUCGGCGAACGCUAUCCCAUCGAGGCGGCACGCCAACCACAGCCCGUUACCAUGCAACGGCUUGAAGAAGCGAUGGCCAAAGCCAAAGACGGCGACCCCCUGCGCAAGCACCUGACACGCAUCAUGGACUGCGGCCCUGCGUUUAUCGAGCACUGCCUGUUGGAGGCUGGUUUCCCGCCAAACGCGAGAGUGAAUGAGGGCUGCAAUGUUGCCACGGAUCUGCCACGUGUGCUGGCGGCGCUGCAGCAGGCAGAGCACCUCCUCUUCACCAAACUUGAGCAGGGCCAAGUCAAGGGCUAUAUUCUGCUCAAGGCGCACGCGAAAGCAGAUGCUCGCAAGGACGCGGCGAAGGAGGAGGUUGUUGUGUUUGAGGACGUAAUGCCGUUUCCCCUCAAACAGUUUGAAGGCCGCACCUUCAAGGAAUUUGAUAGUUUUGAUGUUGCGGUUGACACGUACUUCUCCGAGAUUGAGAGCCACAAGCUUGAGAUGCGUGCGCUGCAGCAGGAACGCGCUGCCCGGCAGAAGCUCGAGCAGGCCCGCCGGUCCCAUCACGACCGCGUCAAGGGGUACAAGGAGGCGCGUCUUGAGGACGAGUACAAGGCCACGCUCAUCGAACUCAACCACGAACUGGUGAAUGAGGCGAUUGAUGUGAUCAACAAGAUGGUUGGAAACCACCUCGACUGGCGUGAAAUCGAGGAACUCGUGCAAGAGUCGCGUGUGCGGGGCGACCCCGUUGCCAACGCCAUAUCCAAACUGAAACUCAAGAAGAACGCCAUCGUCAUGCACCUCACAGAGCCGUCGAUGGGCGGUGCUGACGAUGACAGCUGGUCGGAUGAGGACGAGGACGAAGACGAAGACGACAACACAAAGGGGGCGCUGGUUGAGAUUGACCUGGCAGAGACGGCGCACGGCAACGCCAGAAAGCUGCACGAGCGCAAGAAGACGAUCCGCAGCAAGGAGGAGAAGGCCCUCGCCUCCACAGAACAGGCACUGAGGAGCGUGGAGAAGCGCGCAAUGGAUCGUCUGAAGAAAACGCAGAUCACGGCGACCAUCUCCAAAUCGCGGGCGCCGCUCUGGUUUGAGAAGUUCAACUGGUUCAUCAGCUCGGAGAAUUACCUGGUGCUGGCGGGCCGCGAUCGUCUGCAGAACGAGGCGCUCGUCAGGAAACACCUCACGCAACACGACUUGUAUGUUCAUGCGGACAUGAAUGGCGCGAGCAGCGUCGUCGUCAAGAAUUCAAACACGGGCGAGAUCCCGCCAAAGACCCUCAGCGAAGCUGCAACGUUUGCCGUCGCACACAGUCCGGCGUGGGAGAACAACCAGCAAGCAGACGCGUGGUGGGUCCACGCAAACCAGGUCGAGAAGACGUCGAGCGAGGGGAAACCCCUUGGGGCGGGCAGUUUCCGCAUCACGGGCGCAAAGCACUUCAUCCCCAUCCGCCAGCUCGCCCUCGCAUAUGCCAUCCUCUUCAAGGUUGAUGAUGAGAGUGCAAAGCGGCACGAGGGGGAGCGGCGGUGCAAGUACGCCAUCAACGCGCCCGUGGUCGAGACAACCGAGGACACACACGCGGCGCAGCAGCAAGAGAAGGGUGGCAGUGAUGAAGGGGCUUUGUGUAGCACCAGCAACAACACCAGCAACAACAGCGGUAGUGCCGGUGGUGGUGACCGCAAACAGCAGGAUGCAGCAGACACAGAAGCAGCAGCACAGACGACGGACGACAAUGUUGAUGGUGAUGGUGAUGGUGAUGGUGAUGGUGAUGGUGAUGGUGAUGGUGAUGGUGAUGGUGAUGGUGAAGAGGAUGACGAGGAAGAGGAGGGCGCGUUCCCUGAUGUUUCGCUGACGUACAACUUCCAAUCGACGGGCGAUGUUCGCGUGUCAUCGAGUGUUUCCCGCACAACAAGCGAAGCAGCGCCUGCACCAGCAGAGGAGACCGCUGUAUCGUCGUCGUCGUCGUCGUCCCAGCCGCAGGGGCGGAGGAAAAUGACUGCACGCGAACGGCGCAAACUGAAGAAGGCGAAGAAGAAGGGGCUCGACGUGACGCAACUCACGCAGCAGCCGGACGCCAACGGCCAAGAUGAUGGCGAUGACGAUGAUGACGAUGUUGAUGACAACGGUGGCGACUCACAGCAACAACAGCAACAGCAGCAGCGUGGAGGAAAGCAGAAGAAGCUAUCAAAGACGAAGCAGAGGAAGAUCAACCGCUUCCACGCAAAAUUCGACGAGGAUGAGCGUGCGAUGCUGUCACAGCAGCGGCCGGACAACAAACCGCUCUCGCGCCAGGAGAAGCGGCGCCGACGAAAGGAGAUGGGCAUUCGCGGGUCCCGCCAGCCAAAGCAGCAGCGCGGCGCACAGGGUGCUGAGCUGCCGCCUGCUGAGGUGCUGGAGAAGCUCGCCGCGACCACAGAGAAGGUGCUGGCGAGCGCGCAGCAGGCGGAGGGCGGCGACGUGAUUGACGCCGGCCCCUCGGGCGAUGCGGACGCAACAGCAGCGGCACUGGAUGCCAUGGAUGACGAAGAUGAGGAGUCAGAGGCAUUGACGCAGUCGCUGUCCAAUCUGCAUUCGCUGACGGCGCAACCGACGCCCGAGGACACGGUGCUGUACGCGCUGCCCGUGUGUGCACCAUACUCGGCCACACAGGGCUAUGCGCUGAGGGCAAAGCUCGUCCCAGGCAACACUAAGAAGGGCAGAGCCAUCCGCGGGGUGGUGCAGACGUUUGUGUCUGGCGGGCAGUGCACGGAGGAGCAGGCGUCGCUGAUCACGGCCAUCAAGGACGCCGACCUCUACAACGGCGUGCCGACGCGCGUGAAGGUCAUGACCAUCUCCCAAGCAGCAGGCGGUGGCGGCGGAGGCAAGAAGGCAAAGAACAAACACAACAAGGGGAAGAAGGGCAAGUGAUCUGCGUGGGUUUGUUUGGUUGGUUGGUUGGUUGGUUGGUUGGUUG